ACCAUCCACUCAUGGCGAUUGGCUUGCCAUCCACUGAUCAUUUCGUGCUCCUCACCAUCCUCAUCUGCCUCCUCCUCCAUCAUUGCAGUGCAGUCUAUGAUGUCGAGUCAACCGCUGAGUCGGGGAAGCUGAUAUCGGCCCAGCUAAAGCUCGUCGGUGGGUCGACAGAAUUUGGGCCUGAUGUGAAGAGUCUCACCCUAACCGCAAGUCUUGAGACGGAUAGCCGGCUACGCGUGCGCAUCACCGAUGCUGACCAUCGGCGAUGGGAGGUCCCCCAAGACGUCAUCCCACGCCCGGCACCAGGGCCAGAACCAAAGGACGUUUUGCUCGACUCACCAGGCAAUCCAUCCAUGCCGAGCAACAGCACCAUGUCCAGCGCGUCUUCCGACCUGACCUUCACCAUCCACCCCAGCCCGUUCCGCUUCACGGUCUCCCGUCGCUCCACCGGGGACACCCUCUUUGACACUUCCGCCAACCUUGUCUUCAAGGACCGGUACUUGGAGGUGACAUCGGCGCUGCCGGCUGACCGAGCAUCCCUGUAUGGGCUCGGCGAGCAGAAAAAACAGACGUUCCGGCUACAACACAAUGACACUUUCACGCUGUGGAACGGGGACGUGACGUGGUCCGACCAACCGGACCUCAACCUCUAUGGCUCGCACCCGUUUUACAUGGACGUGCGCUCCGGCGGUGCCGCGCAUGGCGUGCUCCUCCUGAACAGCAAUGGGAUGGACAUACUGUACGGCGGAUCCUACGUCACCUACAAGGUGAUCGGUGGCGUGCUAGACUUCUACUUCUUCGUCGGUCCCUCCCCGCUCGACGUCGUGGACCAGUACACACAGCUCAUCGGCCGCCCUGCCCCCAUGCCCUACUGGUCAUUCGGGUUCCACCAGUCUAGGUAUGGCUACAAGAACGUGGCUGAUCUGGAUGGCGUGGUCGCCGGCUACGCCAAGGCCAGGAUCCCACUGGAGGCGAUCUGGUCGGACAUCGACUACAUGGACGGUUACCAGGACUUCACGCUGGAUCCGGUGAACUACCCGUCCAAGCAGCUCCGGCCAUUCGUGGACCGGCUCCACAACAAU